AUGAAGUUUGCUCAAACCCUUGCCCUUCUGGGAGCUUUGGCUCCAGUGAUUACUGCUGUUGCACCACCUAUUGCUUCGGCAGAUGCAGCCGCCAACGCCGCGACUGAUGACAACAUCGUCUCGGGUGCGUACAUCGUGGAGUUUGAGGACGACGGCGAAGAUACCGAUGUUUUCUACAAAGGUCUCAGCACAGAUGGAAUUGAUGUCACUCACCGCAUGGACCUCCGGUACAAUCUCUUCAAAGGCGUAUCCUUCAAUGUGAAGAACGGGUCGAGCCUCAAUGAAACGGUUGAGGCAAUCGCCGGGCACCAGAAAGUCAAGAACAUCUGGCCUGUCAGGAGAUUGUCCUUCCCAAAGCUCACCCCGGUCUCAGUGGGAAACAAUCUCACCACGCUAGCUGCCCUUACAAAGCGACAGGACGAUUCCGGGGAUUCCUUCUCUCCGCAUAUCAUGACGCAGGUUGAUAAGCUUCAUGCCGAGGGAAUCACCGGAGGUGGUAUAAGGAUUGGCCUUGUCGAUACUGGUGUGGACUACUUGCAUCCAGCUUUGGGUGGCUGCUUCGGUGAGGGAUGUCUAGUUGGAUACGGCUAUGAUCUGAACGGCGACGAUUCAAGCUCGCCUGUCCCAAUUCCGGACGACGACCCAUAUGAUGACUGUUUGGGCCAUGGUACGCAUGUGGCCGGAAUCAUUGCCGCGCAAGCAAAUGACCAGGGCUUUCUCGGCGCAGCCCCAAAUGUCACGCUUGGAAUGUUCAAGGCCUCGGGAUGCGGAGGAUACACGACCAACGAUAUCCUGAUCGCCGGAUUUAAUAUGGCCUACGAAGCAGGAAGCGAUAUUAUCUCGUGCUCCGCCGGCGACGACUCGGGCUGGUCCUCCGACCCUUGGGCUAUCGCUGCCUCCCGCAUUGCCGAUGCGGGCGUCCCUGUCAUCGUUGCGCUGGGCAACUCAGGGGACCAAGGCCUGUGGCAGGCGGCAUCCCCAGCCAGCGGGAUCAAAGUCACUGCGGUUGGCAACGUAGAGAACACCCUGGCACCUGUGAUUCAGGCAGCGGGAUCGUUUAUCGACGGCGAGGGGAAAUCAGAGAGUUUUGGCAUCUACUGGGGGUCACCUUCUUUCACAGAUAAUGUGACACUGCCACUCUGGUCCGUCUCCAGUACCAUUGGGGCAGCGGCUUGCAGUGCACUACCGGAUGACACCCCUGACUUGUCCGACAAGAUCGUGCUUGUUGGGGUUUCUUAUGAGAGCGGAUGCGGCCCAGAAGCACAGGCAACAAACAUCGCCGCCAAGGGCGGCCAGUACAUCCUUUAUUAUAGCCUCCGUAAUAGCAGCACCGAUCAACUCUAUAUAAGUAAUACCGCAGUCAAGGGUGUGGCUUCGAUCAGCCUUGACCAGGGUGUUCAGUUUCUCGACUUGUUGAGCAAUGGUGGAAACGUCACUGUGGACGUAACUGAUGCUUUCCAUGCCGGCAUAUAUGUCCAAAACUGGCCGAACACACAAGCAGGAGGAUACAUGAGCCGGUCGUCCAGCUGGGGCCCGACCUAUGAACUCAAUGUCAAACCACAGAUGAGCGCACCCGGAGGCAUGAUUCUUUCGACUUAUCCCGUGAGACUGGGAAGCUACGCCGUGCUCUCCGGUACGUCCAUGGCCACGCCACUCGUCGCUGCAAUCUUCGCACUUGUGGGUCAGGUCCGCGGCACGCUCGAUCCGGUGGUUCUUCGCAAUGCACUAUCAGCUACUGCUGCACCAUUGAACUGGAACAACUAUACAGCCGUCGCGAAUAUCCUAGCUCCAGUCGCGCAGCAGGGAGGUGGUAUCGUCCAGGCAUACGACGCAGCCUUCACUACGACAAUUCUGAGCGUCAGCAGCCUCGCGCUCAAUGAUAGCGACCACUUUAUCAGUGACCAAUCAUUCACGGUUGAGAAUCUCGGGGCCGUUGAUGCCACAUAUGACCUGGGUCACACUAAAGCCGCAACCAUGUAUUCGCUGUAUCAAGAUGUUGAAAUACUGCAAAACGUUGCUUUCCCGAAUGGUAUGGUCGACGCAUGGGCCGAAGUCACUUUUGAGAGCGAGACCAUUACCGUUCCCGCUGGGGGUAAGGCAGAAGUCAAGCUAGCUGUGACGCUGCCUAUUGGUGUCAAUGCAACCUUACUACCAGUAUAUAGCGGGUACAUCACGCUGAACAGCUCAACCGGCGAGAGCCUGUCGCUGCCCUACCUCGGAGUAAAAGGAAGCGUACACGACACACCUGUCAUCCAGAAGGGAGGCUAUGGCUUGGGUGGUGUGUACCUGACUGAUACUAAUGGGCAUUUUAAUAUCCCAGCCGUGGCCAAUCGAACAUUUACGAUCCCCCGGCCAGACGCCGAUGUCACAGGUCCGACUCCGGUCUACCCUAAACUCCGCGCAGGUUUAACCCUAGGAACUUACGAACUACGCGCAGAUGUUGUGCCGCUUUCCAACACCACCUUGUCCACAACCAAUGUGUUUGGGUACAAAAGCGUGGGAUUAGUCCCCGGCUUUCCCUAUCAGUGGGUCUACCGGGGUGGUGUAUCACAAUAUUUCUGGGGACAGACGGCAGAUGGGACCAUUGUGCCAGAGGGUGAAUACAUCUUCGUUAUAAGCGCGCUUAGGGUAUUUGGUGACUCGGAUAAUGAGGAUGACUGGCUUACUGUGGAGACAGUGCCGUUCCAUAUUGAGUAUACUAGCUAG